AUGCAUGUUCGGUUUGGAGCCCCGAGGGCUCAGGUGCACAGAGGUUUUGUUCUUCGCAUUCGCGUGGUUCCNUAUCUGACAAUGGCUUGUAGAAUUUCUAUUGGUUAUCUAUUUGCUUCAAUUCUGGAAAUUUGGCUUGCCAAUGAUUAUCCUGUUGAUUCAGCAAAGGCAUUCGUCAGGAGAUACUUCUUUCAAGCGGUGGCUGGAACCUUAAUUGGUUUAUCUUACCUUAUUUUGCUGUAUGGCCUCUAUGUUCCAGAUUGGUUCUUUGAAAUAUCAAGUCUUAACAUGGAAUCACCAGUUUCAGGAUAUGAAUUGAGUACUCAAACUGUUAACUGUGGAGUGAGGGGCAGUCUUGAUCCUCCUUGCAAUGUGGUUGGUCUGAUUGAUAGGCUUCUUCUUGGUGAAAAACACCUUUAUCAACGUCCUGUCUACAGAAGAACCAAGGAAUGCAGCGUCAACUCUCCUGAUUAUGGACCUCUACCAUCAAAUGCACCUGGAUGGUGCCUUGCUCCAUUUGACCCUGAAGGAAUGUUAAGUUCUUUGAUGGCCGCCAUUACAUGCCUUGUGGGCUUGCAUUUCGGCCACAUUCUUGUGCAUGUUAAAGGUCACAUGCAGAGGGUAAUCUUUUGGUCCGUAUUUUCUGUCUUUCUAACAAUUGUAGGAUAUGUGUUGGAGCUUGCAGGUGUUCCUCUUUCUAAACCUCUUUACACAUUGAGCUAUAUGUUCAUCACGGCUGGAGUAUCCGGUUUGCUCUUAGUAGUUCUUUAUUACCUUGUUGAUGUCAAAUGUUUCAGGAAGCCAUUUAUACUAUUUCAGUGGAUGGGAAUGAAUGCUCUCAUCCUCUAUGCUUUGGCUGCUUGUGACCUCUUUCCCGCAGCCCUACAAGGUUUCUAUUGGUAUUCACCUGAAAACAACUUGGUUGACAUCACAGAAAGGUUCCUUCAAGCAGUAUUUCAUUCAAAGAAGUGGGGUACUCUGGUAUUUGUGAUGCUUGAGAUACUGUUUUGGGGCUUGGUUGCUGGAUUCCUUCAUGCAAAAAAGGUUUAUGUAAAGCUAUGAAGUUGCUGACGGAAAUGCUUUUUGCACUGAGUGGGUGCCGCGCUCUCUUGAUCAUGCCCAAAUGUUUCAAAAGCAUGCAUUCAGUGAGUUCUUCUGCAGCAAAUCCAGAAGAUAACUCAGAUUCUCAUAGCAUUAUACUUUACUGUCCUCAUGGCAUGUAUAUAGCUGUGGAUAAUUUAUUACUGUAGAAUGGUAGAUUAUGAACAGUUUCCAGCUUUCUCCUCGUGUAGUUAUGCCAUUACAAUGUGCUUCUGGAAGAUAUGUAUUUACUAUUUAGUCCUGUCACAAGAUGACAUCACGUUGUAAAUUACAAUAUCUAGCUCUCUUUGUUCUUCUCUUCUA